GCCACGCCAACAAAAAAAACCAUAUUACGUUUGUUUUCCAGCUACGGCGGUUGAAGGUGGACAGAAUGAGCACGAAGAAGAAUAGUAAUGAUACUACGUCGGAGAAGGUUCGGACGACGAGGACACGCGUAGGGAAGUACGAACUGGGAAGGACCUUGGGUGAGGGGAGUUUCGCCAAGGUUAAAUUCGCUAAGAAUGUGGAGACCGGCGAGUGUGUCGCCAUUAAAAUCCUCGACCGUGACCAAGUCCUCCGUCACCAGAUUGUCGAACAGAUAAAGAGAGAAAUAUCGACAAUGAAGCUUAUAAAGCAUCCCAAUGUAGUUAAAAUAUAUGAGGUUAUGGCAAGCAAGACAAAGAUUUAUAUCGUGAUCGAGUAUGUUGGUGGGGGCGAGCUUUUCGACAAAAUUGCAACACGAGGGAGACUCAAAGAGGAUGAAGCUAGAAGCUAUUUCCAGCAGCUUAUUAAUGCUGUUGAUUUCUGCCACGGUACAGGCGUUUUCCACAGAGAUUUGAAGCCUGAGAACCUUCUUCUGGAUUCCAAUGGUGUUCUUAAAAUAUCAGAUUUCGGAUUGAGUGCUUUUUCGCAGCAAGUUCGGGAGGAUGGCCUGCUUCACACGGCUUGUGGGACUCCGAAUUAUGUUGCUCCAGAGGUGCUUAAAGAUCAAGGUUACGACGGUCGAGCAUCGGAUAUUUGGUCUUGUGGAGUUAUUCUCUUUGUACUUAUGGCUGGUUAUUUGCCCUUUGAUGAACCAAACCUGGUAUGCUUGUAUAAGAAAAUCACAAGGGCCGAUUUCACUUGUCCUUCAUAUUUUACGACUAGUGCAAGGAAAUUGUUGCAGCGUAUUCUUGAUCCGAAUCCUCUUAAGCGUAUAACUGUUCCUGAAAUUCUACAAGAUGUAUGGUUCAAGAAAGGGUACCAACCGCCCCAAUUCGAGCAGGAAGAGGAUAUAAAUCUCGACGACAUCGACGACGCUUUUAACGACUCAACGGAAAAUCUUGUAACAGAAAGGAAAGUGAGACCUGUGUCGAUGAAUGCUUUCGAGCUCAUCUCCAGGUCGCAAAGCUUUAGUCUGGACAACUUGUUUGAGAAGCAGAUGCGUCUUGCGAAGCGAGAAACCAGUUUUGCUUCGCAAUGUCCUCCGAACGAAAUCAUCUCCAAAAUCGAGGAAGCUGCAAAGCCUCUAGGAUUCAAUGUUGACAAGCGGAACUAUAAGAUGAAGCUGAAAGGUGACAAAAGAGGGAGAAAGGGACAACUCUCCGUGGCCACCGAGGUGUUCGAGGUUGCUCCGUGCUUACAUAUGGUGGAGUUCCGGAAAACCGGCGGAGACACAUUGGAGUUUCACAAGUUCUACAAAAACUUUUCAUCUGGAUUGAAUGAUAUAAUCUGGAAAACUGAUGGAAUUGCUGAAGAAAAAGAAGUACGUGACGAUUAAAUCCAUUUAAUUUAAUUGAUUUAUGUCAAAAA